AUGGCAAUCAAAACCUUAUCGGCGAAGGCUGCUGCAGCUCUGGAUAAAGAGCUUAUGAGCACCGGUGCCUUUUCGAUCGAUCAGCUCAUGGAGCUUGCCGGAUUAGCAGUCUCACAAGUUGUGUACCGGGUUCAUCCUCCGAAUAAAGGCAACAGAGUACUUGUAGCUUGCGGUCCUGGUAAUAACGGUGGUGAUGGGCUCGUUGCAGCUCGUCAUCUUCGUCAUUAUGGGUAUCAGCCGGCUAUUUACUAUCCAAAACAAAGCAAAAAUGAGCUCUACCAGCGACUCGCUAAACAGCUAGAAGACCUCGAGGUGCCGUUCGUGGAUGAUUUCCCAGCGGCUAUUAAAUCGACGGAUCAUGUUGUGGAUGCCGUUUUCGGAUUCAGCUUCUCGGGCGAGGUUCGCGAGCCCUUUCCUGCGGUAAUCCGUGCUUUAGAGGACACUAAACUUCCCGUAACCUCGGUUGACGCACCAUCAUCUUGGAAUAUCGAAACUGGACCACCGGAAUCCGGUCUGGGAAGCAAGUUCAAUCCUGAUUUCUUGAUCAGUCUGACAGCUCCCAAGCCACUGGCCAAAUACUUCAAAGGACGUCAUUUUGUAGGCGGCCGCUUUGUCUCUCCGGCAAUUGCUAAGAAAUAUGAUUUCGAGGUCCCAGAGUAUCAGGGAAUUGACCAGAUUGUCGAGGUCGGUACUGGGGGAGAGAAGCUCUGA